AUGGCUCCUCAAGAUUUUGAAGACGUGAUACAUGAAGACAAGGACAACAAGGUGGACGAUCCGUGGCAAACACCACCAACUGCCAUAAAUGCAGUGGAAACAGUUUUACUGUCACUAAAGUAUGAACAAACUUCUAUGCUGCCCGCAAUUCCGCUCACGCACGCAAGCUACCUGACGACGUUUUACAAUCAGACGAAUGAUGAAAGCAUUGAGCACGCAAACACAGAUAACCGGGCCACCAGCUUGCACGAUAAACAUAACAACACCGAGAUUGGUGGAUUUUGCUGGCCUGUAAUAAUGUCCGUCGAACAAGUACUGAUUGGUUUGCCAAAUGACUGUAUGAAGGCAACAGUAAUGAGGGUUUGCUCGGAUAACACGCUGAAGGACAAGUUGGAAAGAUUUGAGGACACGGUUGGCCAAAACAGCUACCCAAUCUACCUUGUUCCAAAGAACAUGAUGAUAAUCCAAGCGUGCUACCGUUUGGGAGACCGAUUCGCAGAAGUGAUCUCCUACGUGAGUAAAAAUAUCAGUGAAAGUAGUGAUAUGAUCAAAGUUCAUCACUCCAAUACCAAUCAAACUGCCAUCCUCCUGAAGUUGAACAGACCAUGUGUUCCUGUGGACUUGGCCGAGCACGAGCGAAUAUGUCAGCCUUGGUAUCAGGUAGUUCCUCGUGAUAUCCAUUCUUUGAUGCGGCUUCAACGGGGCACGCGUCACUUCUUCGAGCAGUUUGAGCAGGUGCUGUCGGUGGUUGAAGACCCCUUUCCCCUUGGAGGUGAAGGGAAUGCCCAAAUAUGUUACAGUGUCUGUCGGACCCAGAGGAGUGAUUAG